CGACCCACAUACAGAAAAAUAGAGGAAGGUUGCCACAGAUGUUAGCUCAAGGAGGAUCUUCCUCAGAAAAACAACACCAAAAAAGAAGGUGGGUGGAGAUACCUAAUGGUGUACUGCAUGGCCUAUAAGGAGGUGUAGAUGGGGGUGUCACUUCCAUCGUCUCAAGGUCUUUGGACCCUAAACUUAACCCAGAGGCAGAGCCUGGAGCCAGGACAGAGAUUAAGGGCAGUGUCCAGAAAGUCUGCCCCCAGCUUGAGGUCCACCUUAAGGCAUGGGCCCACCUUCCACCCUCUUACUGUCAUCUAAUAUGCUUGUGGGGCGGGGGGGUGCUGGGAGGCGACCAGAUGGGUGAGAUACUAAGGCUCAGCAGAGCCCAGGCUGGGUGCCAGGGCUACUUCCUGGCCAUCUCCUUGCUGCCUAAGUAGGGAGAAGUCCUGUGUCCCAGAAGAAGGAACAAAUACACAUUGUGGGGGGCCCUGUCUUUGUCCCAGGGACUCCAGGCUCUUUUUCAUGUCUGGACCCCACCUGGCACCUGUCCCAAGACUUACUCCUAAGAUCAACUUAAGUGAGAAGCAGACAGAAGAGACAAAUCUCUUCCUCAGAGAAACCAAGUGCUAGGGGGAGGCCAGGUGCAUGCCCCAUGCGAGCAUCCACAUGCCUGCCUGUGAGGGGCUUGAGUGCUGACAAGGAGGAUGGGGAUGGAGUGACUCGGCCAGAACUGAGAUGGGACACCCAAAGGUCAGGCUGAUAGAGCACGGGGGACGAAGGAGGGCUUCUAAAGGACCCUGGGGGCUGGCUGAUGCGGUAAGGGGAGUAGGAGCAGACGGCUCAGGGCUCUCCAGGGGCAUAGUGAGAGCAGCAUCUGGGCAGUCAAGACAGUCCAGAGGGUGCAGGCAGUGGCCCAGGGGGUUCUAGAAGAGCCACGUGGGUUGCAAUAAGCCAGACCAAUAAAGAGGGAAAUACAACUUUUGAAUUUUCUGUAUUUCAUUCAUUUUUUCCUCUUGACAGCUUGGAAAAUUCCUUUUGAAAACUCUAUCGCAUCUCUGCUGAACUCAGGGUAAGGAAAGUCCAGAGGCUGCUGGAGGAGCGGGUGUUGGGGCUUCAGCCUUGGCCCACCCUUAGUGCCCUUAUGUAUCCCGGAGAGAACAGUGCAAGCCUCCACUUCACCCUGUGGUGACAGGAGGUCACACCUUCUCAAGCUACCCGUCUCUGUGCUGGAUGGUGCUUCCUGUCAGGACUCGUGCCCUCUCUGCUCUCCCUCCUCAGUCUGAGACCUGCCUGCAGGGUUGGCACUGCAGGGCAUGUCUCCCCCAUCCCCCCAGCCACCCUGUAGUGUGUUUCUGGGUUCUUGGGUUUCUGGUAAUUUCAUCAGGGCUGCAUCAUGUUGCUAAAGCCACAGAUAACAUCUCCCUGUGGGUAACUCUUCCCUGACAGAGCCCCCUGAGGCUGGACCCAGGCUCAAAGGAGAGACACUGGUGUCUGGGGUGAGUUUAGGGGUGUGAGGGUUGAUUAGGUUGGUUGGGAUACUGGAAGUGUUGAGGAACACUGCCAUUUGCCACUGAAACCUGUGGGAAAUGAGAAGGGGGCAGGAGCUGGGCUGGGGGGCCUGGAGAGGCCCCUGAGAUCUGGAGCUUUUGCAGAUUAUGUUGUCUCCUGAUAUCUCCAACUAGGCCCUCCUGACAAACCCCCAAGCCUGGGUGGAGGCAGAGAGACUCACCUCCUCCCAGGCGAGGAAGAGUAUCUAGCCCCCAGCACAGGUCCACCUUAACGGAGCAGCCCUCUGGGCGGGGCGUGUUGCUGAUGUCAUCUGUGCAGACGGCAGCCCAGGCCUGAGUGCAGGACAGGCUUGUGUGCAGCACACGCAGCUUCCAGCCUGCUGCCCCAGCUCCUCAUGCUGAGUCUGCAGCCCAGCACCAUGAUCCGGGGUGCCUUGGAGCCUGACAGCCCUGGCUGGGGCUGGGAUGUGGACGGGGACGACGACUGGGAUGGCACCGUGCUGACUCUGCUGGCGCUAGCUGUGGUGGCCGCCACAGCACUGGCUUUGCACUGGUUCGGCUCUGGACAGGACCAGGAGGUGGCAGGACCAGUGUCCACAGCCCCCCAGGCCCAGCCUUCUCAGGCAGGAGGAGACAGGGGAGCCCUGCUCCCAAAGUACCAGGUCAGUGAUGGCGUCGAGGGACCCAGCUCAGGGCAAGGGAAGUCAGACCUUCCAGGACACGACCAGGGGAGUCUGGCAGCAGCAGGAGCCCAGGAUCAGGAGCCCACGGGAGGUAGAGGUCUGGCUGCCACAGCUGAACCGCCACUCAAAAUACCUGGCGAGAUGGCCAGUGGAAGGGCCUUGGGACAGCAGUAUGGUACUGCCACCCCAGAAGCCCCCCAAGGUAAAGGACGUGAGCCUUUCAGGCCAUGUGCUGCCCUCCUGGAUAGGAAAAAAUUAGGGGGGACACCUGCCCCCCUGCUGAUACACUUCACCUCUCGGAGUCCUGGCAGAGAAGUGGAGAUGCAGGUAGAGGCAGGAGGCGUCCGAGCCAAGGUGCCAGCUCACCAGGGCCCCGUCCACACAGAGAAACAGGACACCAGCCCCUGGCAACGAGGUGUGGGGACACAUGGCUCACUGGGGAGAGGCCCAGGAAGCCGGCGGUGGCAGGUGGACAACAGCUCAGGAGAUAGAACUUGCCAGCCCACAAAGCUGGACCCCCUAUGCCUGGCCACUGUGGUGAGUGUGUGGGAUACCGUGGAUGCAGCCAGCAGCCUCUCUGCAAGCUCCCAGAGACCCCUUCUCCCCGAGGAGCUGCCGCCAUCACACACCCUGCAGACCAGGCCCAUAACAGGUGGCUCAGAGGUGGGGCCUGGGGAGAAGGGGCCUCUAAUAGCCCCAGGCCUAGCCGUGGACUCAGGAGCCAAAGGUGCUGAGAGCAGGGAGUCUGGGCCCCAGGCCCCCAAGGAGUCUCAGGGGUCCCCAGCUUCCGUGGAAGGCUGGCCUUGGGCAAGAAAGGAGGUUCUUGUCACCAGGAGCUUCAGUCAGGCCCCAGGCUCCAUGGGCCCAUGGCUAGAGGAACCGCAGUGGGGACGCCCCCUCUUGUCCCAAGGGCAGGGAACCACAGAGGCCUGCAAUGUGGGAAAGGCUGAGGCCAAUGGCUCUGGAGACCAGUCUUUCUUCAGCUCAGGGCCGGGCAGGACAGAGAAGCCAGCGGGCCCAGGCAUCAAAGAAGGGAGUGGAUCCUGGCAAGGCCAGGGGGAACAGAGCAGUGCACAGGCAGCUGGAGGUCUGGGUGGAGGGAAGCCAGUCACAGACAUCCUCAGCGACGCCCCUGCCCUGAGCCCUUCAGCCACCCUCCCCGCACACACCCCUAAGCAUCCCCCACCCUCAGCUUCCCCGCCCACAGUACAUCUGCACCGAGGUCUCUUUCCUGUAACCCCGACUCCUCCCAACUCGUGUCCUUCAGACUCUUUGCCCCUCAGGGUUAGCCAGGGUCCUGCUGAGGAUGAAAAUCUCAGAGCAGUGCCAGCCCCCGCCCCAUCCCCUGCCCCAAUCUCAGCCCCAGUUGCAGCCCCAGCCCCUGCCCCAGCUAGUGGGUCAAGACCUGCAUCUCAGGAGCCCAGUGUGGCUCUCUGCCAGGGCAACCAGGAGGGGCAGAUCUCAACCAGGUGGGGAAACCUUAUUUCUAUGGUUCUUAGGAGUCACCCCUUCCCCAGGCAAGAGAGGCCUCAAGGGAGAGCCUCGAGGGCAGCUCUGGAAAGCCUUAGAGAUGCCAGCUCUUCCACACACUCUGAGAACAGAGAGUCUGGUUCUCCCCUUGAAGGGGCUGUCCCCACCCUGGAGGACAGGCACAGCUCCUCAGUCAGGAUGGUUGCAGAGGUAGGCACAGGGGUUCUAGCUGGGGCUGGACGUCAGCCACAGCAGAGAAGCUCCGAGACGAGCAGGGCUCUCACCCCAGGCCCUCCCUCAGGCCCAGGAGAAAAUGGAACUGAGGAGAAAUGUCUGGACUCCCUACUGCCACCAGCUGCAAUGCCCAGGACACCCUCACAGCCCCCUGAGCAGACACAGCCUAGUCCUGCACCCUCCCCUGCUGCGAGGUGGCACUCACAGCCUGUUCCCCGGCCACGGCCAAGGAAACGCAGCCUGUGUGAAAUAGCCGAGAGCUCUGAGCGGGAGACCAGCCAGGAGGCCACAGGGCAACACCAGGGAGAGGCGCCAGUGGGGAGGCACAGCCCCCCAGGCAGUGGAGGGGGUCUCACAGAGAAGCAGAAAGAGGCCCGCAAACUCAUGGUGUUUCUGCAGAGGCCCGGGAGCUGGGGGGUAGUGGAAAGGCCCUGGAAACCCAGCUCCCCAGCCUGCAAGCCGGCUUCAGCAGCAGCUCUGCAGUGGCGACUGGGUCUGGGCAGCUGCCUGGACGUCCUGGCCUUCGCCCAGCAGCACGGGGAGCGUGGCCUGGCCCAGGACGCCUAUGCCUUGAUGAGUGACAAUCUGCUUCAAGUGCUGGGAGACCCAAACCUCUACCGAAGGCUGAGUGGGGCUGACCGGGAGCGCAUCCUGAGCCUUCGGACGGGCCGGGGCCAGGCGGUGCUGGGGGUCCUUGUGCUGCCCAGCCUCUACCAGCUGAGCCGCUCGGGGCUCACAAGGGGCCCCCGUGGGGAGGAGGCUCCUGAGGCCGGGUCUGUGCCCCUGCUUCCUCGCAUGCACCUGCACAUGUUCAACCCCCAAGAGAACAGAUGGCGGCGCCUGACACAGGUGCCUGAGGAGGCCCCGCUGAGGGGUUGUGCUCUCUGCACCAUGCACAACUAUCUGUUCCUGGCGGGGGGCAUCCGUGGCUCCGGUACCAAGGCUGUCUGCUCCAAUGAGGUCUUCUGCUACAACCCUCUGACCAACAUCUGGAGCCAGGUGCAGCCCAUGCAGCAGGCCCGCGCCCAGCUCAAACUGGUGGCCCUGGAUGGGCUUCUCUAUGCCAUCGGGGGUGAGUGCCUGUACAGCAUGGAGUGCUAUGACCCGCGCACAGAUGCCUGGACCUCAUGCGCACCCCUCCCUGCAGGCACCUUCCCUGUGGCACACGAGGCUGUGGCCUGCCGUGGGGACAUCUAUGUCACUGGGGGCCACCUCUUCUACCGCUUGCUCAGGUACAGCCCUGUGAAGGAUUCGUGGAACGAGUGCCCCUACAGUGCCAGCCACCGGCGUUCCAGCGACAUGGUGGCGCUCGGAGGCUUCCUAUACCGCUUUGACCUGCUGCGGGGUGUGGGUGCCGCUGUGAUGCGCUACAACACCGUAACAGGGUCCUGGAGCCAAGCUGCCUCCCUGCCGCUGCCUGACCCUGCUCCGCUCCGCUGCACAGUUCUGGGCAACACCAUUUACUGCCUCAACCACCAGGUCACGGCCACCUUCAUGGUCUCCGAGGGGACUGCUCAGUUCCAGGCCAAGGAGCUGCAGCCCUUUCCCUUGGGAAGUAAGGGGGUUCUCUGUCCAUUCGUCCUGACUGUUCCCCCUGCAGAUCCGCUGCAGAGUGCCCUCUGACCAGCUGCUAGAGCACCAGGAGAGCCAAUGCUUUCCGGGGAGGCCCUGGGGCCAAGGGGUGGGAGGUCUGAGGGCAAGUGGGGCACAGGGAGGUGGCUGGGAUCCAGAACUUUCUGUUGUUGUUUCUGGGACAACUUUCCUUUUCUUUUAUAAUAAGGCUGGUGAUUUCCCCUGUCCACUCCCUGCCCCUCCCCUGAGAGAGCCCAGGUUCCCUGCCUCUGUGACCUGCUCCUGCCUUUAUGACUCAGUUCUUGCCCCAAUUCCUUCCCUGGUUACCCAAUGCCUUGGCUCACUCACAACCCCUCCUCAAGGCAGAGCUCCCCUUCUCUGGGCUUCCACAAGCCAGGCUCCCCUGUCAUAGUACCAACCACACUACCUGGAAAUAAUAUGCCUGUGGGACUCCCCGGUACUUUGAGAGCCAGGUCACUGAUGUGUACUGAAGGACCAGGACUUGUCCCACUGAGAAGCUCUGUGACUGCUGAGCCGAGGAAGGAGAUGGCUGGAAACACAUUGGUGCUUCCUACAUUCUGACCCUAGGGCUCCAAGCUAGGCAAGCAGCCCAUGAGUGGGCGGAACAGGGAACCAGGGGCAAAGAAGUCCCAGGAAAACAUCCUUGCUUCUGGGACUUUCUGCCUGUCCUGAGGCUGUGGGGAGCCUGGCUUGGCUCUCCCCAGGAACAACUCGGUAGCCCUCCUUUGUCUGACUGGUCCUCAAGGACCUAGAGCUCUUAUCUGUGAAACUGCUCUGCUGUCUGUAGCCCCUGCCCAUAAUCCCAGCCCAGACCUGGCCAGGACUACUUGGGCUUAUGCCCUUCCGCAUCGUUGUGGGGUCUCUCCUGCCUGCUCAGCCCCUCCAGAAGCCUGCCCCACUUCCCACCAAUCCCCUUUUUCAAUGAGACCUGGGUUUCUGCCUAGCUCUGCCCCUUAUUAGCUGUGUGGACUUGGACAAGAUAUCUAACUUCGUUUUUCUCAUCUGUGAAAUGGAGAUGAUGAACAUUUGUCACUCAGGAGAGUUUGAGAACAUAAGAUCACCUAUGUGAGCACCUAGCACAGUGCCCAGGGUACAUAACUGAAUAAAUAAUGUUCCCCUUUAUCCACUUUGGAACUACCAUAGGAAGGUGAAUAAAUCUGAAUAUUGCUGCC